AUGCGCGGCGUGGCUCUUCCCGCGUGGCUCAAGCGGCGCGUGACCUUCUACCGGCUGCACAUGCUGUGCUUCGUUAUAGUCAUCCUCGCUUUCACGCUCGUCUUCUGCGUGGCGCCGAGCGGGCCAGCAGGGAAAAUCAGCUUCAUAGACGCGCUCUUCAACGUGACGUCGUGUGUGUGCCUGGCGGGACUCAUUGCUGUUGAUGUGGGGGUCUUUACUGACGGCACCAACGUUGCUCGCCUUCUCCUCAUGUUCAUGGGCUCCCAGGUGGUGACGUCCCUGGUGCCUGUCUUGGUGCGUCGGUACUACUUCCACCGCCAUCUCGCCUGCUCUGGCCUGCUCCAGACCCAGCCCUCCGCCUCCAACUACGGCCCCAAAGCCUCUGACACUGCAGCCUCCGCCUCUCAGGAAGCGCAGCAUGGUGCAGGGGGCGAAGGAGGAGGAGGAGGAGGAGGAGGAGAAGGAGGAGAUGGAGGAGGAGAAAACAUAUCAGGGAACAACGGAGCCUGGUCUCACAGGGCAAGGCAGAGGAGGAGCGGGAGGUUGAGCCGUGAAAGCAGUGUGACCGGCACAAGCCUUGGGGGGGAUCUGGAUUUCGCUGAUGCUGAUGGUUACGGGUUUGCUGAUGGUUACGCGGAUGCAAUGGUGGAUGAAUGGCUGACGGCAGCACAGCCAAGUGAACUCAGAUUCCUCGAGCUCAGGGCACUGGAGACGUUAAGCUGGCUGGUGCCAGCAUUCCUCGCCGCAUCGCUGCUCACUGCCUUCCUCCUGCUGCUGCUCAUCGUUAGCCUCUCUGCCUCCGCCAAGGCAAAUCUGCAGGCCAACAGCGUCAACAGCGUCUUCUUCUGUGCCUUCCAUAUCAGUCAGCUGCCCUUCUUGCCAGUCAGCUGCCCUUCUUGCCAGUCAGCUGCCCUUCUUGCCAGUCAGCUGCCCUUCUUGCCAGUCAGCUGCCCUUCUUGCCAGUCAGCUGCCCUUCUUGCCAGUCAGCUGCCCUUCUUGCCAGUCAGCUGCCCUUCUUGCCAGUCAGCUGCCCUUCUUGCCAGUCAGCUGCCCUUCUUGCCAGCUAUGUCGACGUUUUCCAACACAGGGGCGGCACUGCUGAACGAUAAUCUAAUGGGGUUCGUGAGGGUGCCAGCUCUGAUCAUCGUCACGUCGGUCUUCAUUCUCAUUGGCAAUACCAUGUACCCGCCCACGCUGCGAGCCCUCCUGCUUCUGCUCCGGCACUUCUCACGAGGAGAGAAAAGGUUCGUCUACUCCUACCUUCUCGUGCACCCACGCAAGUGCUACACGCACCUCUUCCCACCGCGCUCCACCGUGAUGCUCGUGCUAACAGUGCUCGCGUUCAAUCUCACGGAGUUUGUCUUCUUCUGUGCCACUGACUGGACCUCGCCUGCCAUUGACGGCUUCACCAGCGGGACCAAGGUACUGGCAGGAUAUUUCCAAUCUGUGAGCACACGCAACGCGGGAUUCAACGUAAUUGCCAUCGGCCUCCUGCGCCCCCCCAUGCUGCUGCUAUACCUGGGCAUGAUGUACGUGGCUGUGUAUCCUCUGUACCUGACGAGGCAGACAUCGAGGGAGCAGAGGGAGGUGUAUGAUGACGAGGAUAUUGGGGUGUUCUGGGAAGACCUGCAGGGGGGGGUGUUGGACCACGGGGUGUUCACCCAGGGCAGAGGGCUGCUCCUGCGCGAUUCAGCGAUGCUCUUCAUGGCUCUGCUGGUGAUCUGCCUCAUAGAGAGCGCCAACAUCACCAACGACAUCUCCAACUUCAACAUCUUUAACAUCGCCUUUGAGCUCAUCAGUGGAUACGGCAAUGUGGGUCUCUCCCUGGGCUACACCUGUCCACCUGAAGCUGGCCCCAGCUGUGUCUCCCCUCCUUACAGCUUCUCUGGUGUGUGGAGCCCUUGGUCCAAGCUGGUUCUCGUGCUGGUAAUGCUGCUGGGCCGCCACAGAGGCCUGCCUGACAACAUCGACGCUGCCAUCUCCCUCCCCAACCGCAACCAGUUCAUUCCUGAACCACCUGCACUGCCUGCCCCACCUUCUGCAUCUGCUGUAUCUGCCGUCCCUGUUGUCGCACCUUGCAUGCGUUCCACAUGUGCACCAAGGUGA